ACAGCCCACUCCGAGACAACAGUACAAAAAGAGUGCAUACUUCUAUCUAUCCUCUGCCCUCUGCAUUACAAAAACGCGGCACCCCGCUGCUGCUGCCACCCCCUUCCUUACGUGUCCUCACUCCAAUUAAUCUCUCUUCAUAUAUAUCAUCUUCAUCGAUCCUACCCAAACACACACACUGAAAACACAUAUGGCCAAAUCAAGAUUCCCUUCUCCGCUGCUGCUGCUGCUCCUCCUGCUCCUGGCCGCCGCAUUCCCUCGAGACGCGGCGGCGGUGGGCAGAAAAGUGGGAGGGCGAAUGCAGGUGAAGAACGUGAAGGACAACAAGGAAGUGCAAGAGCUGGGCAGAUACUGCGUGGGUGAAUACAACCGGCGCAAGGCUAACGAAGGCAGCGAGAAGCUUCUGGUGUUCUCGCAGGUGGUGGAGGCGCAGACGCAGGUGGUCUCCGGCAUCAAGUACUACCUCAAGGUCUUGGCCGCCAAGCCCCUUGCCGGAGCACCUGAGACUUUCGAAGCGGUGGUGGUGGUCAAGCCUUGGCUGCAAUCCAAGGAUUUGAUCCAAUUUACGCCUUCUCAACCUCCUACCACAAGCACCAAGUAGUUCCCAGAUUUUGUUUUCUCUUUUUUCCGGUAUAUGUUUGUACCUUACUAUUUUCUACUUCUCAUUUUGCUGUUUUUUUUUUAGUGAGAGUUUGUGACGCCAUUGAGCACGGAUAAUAAUGGAUGAGUUUUUAAGUAUUGAAACCUUUUUU